UUCGAUUGAAAGUUUUAUGUUGUGCAUUUCCGCGCGUUUCCCCUACGUCACACACGGAUUAUUAACUACAAUUUGGGACACCUGUUGACCGUUGAAUUUGCCAAUUCCGCUUAAUGUUGUAACACUUACCUGUACAUUUGCUUUUUGUACACUUGCAUCACAAACUUUAGUUGAUCACCCUCGUUGAAAAGUGGCCAACUACGAUCUGGUGGUGUGGAAAAAAAUGAGCGUAGGCUCAGGAAUCCCAGUGGCCCUCACCCAGGGGAACAGAGAGGAGCUUUAUGUCAAGGACCCUCCGGUGCCCCAGUCCGCCAUUUUAUACCUCCUCCAGGAAGCCACCAAGCUUGCAUUGCCUGAAGCCAGACUGGACAGCCCCAAUUCCAUGGUUAUGGAUGGGAUUUGGUCUGGGGAAGGGAGUGAACAGCACAAGCUAUGCCCUUCUCCAUCAGGCUCUGCCUCGGCCAGUCACUUCGGUCACCGCGGCGAUAAUUACACAGAUCCCCGGCGCAGCUUCAAAGGCUCCUUCUCCCUCCUGCCAACUUCGCCAGGCAGCAGCCCGUGGGAGGUCAUGAGUCUGAUCAACCUGCAGUGUGAGAGGCUUCUUCAUCCGGAGGACGGGGAGGAAGACGAGGUUUAUGAGGGCACGCCGUCUGCCACGGGGGAGUCAAAAUCCAGAAACGGCAGGGGGGCGUCAUGUUUUAAGGAGGGUGACCCCAGCCCUGCUGUCCCACCGGAUAAUCGCGCAGGGAGGUUUGCUGAAGCUUUGGGCUCCUCUUCCAGAGAAAAUAAAGCAGAAGAUAUUCUUGUUCAGGCACAGCUCACUUCAAUUACAGAUAGAUGUGACAGUGCUAUACAUGCACAUGGUCGAGGUGACCUGGCUAGUGGUUCAUUUCAAAUUGCAGGCACAGAGUCAGGUGGCACACACUGUUUCAGAAGUCCUUCUGUAAGCAAAGGAAAUGAGGAUUGGCAUCUACAUGGAAGAAGGGAAAUACCAAUGUUGUCAAACCCGGAUGGAAAAGGACAAGGUUUAUGUGGCACUCAUUGUGCACCUCAGCUGGAACCAGGCCUGAACUUACUUGGAUCCGUCGUCCAUCAGGAAAGUCAACAGCCUGAGUCCAAUUUCUCGGCUAAUGCUGAUGCAUUGGUACGUUCACCCAGUGCCUUUUGCACCCCUACUCAUCGAGCCAGCCGAGUUUCAGACCGAGGUGUGAAUGCGGACAGCAACUCAAACGCGAUUCCCUUUGUUGACCCUCCUCAAGAUGUCCAACCUCAGAGUGGUCCCCGAUCCGUGUCAAACAAUUCAAACUGUCAACCUGCGGCACAGCACCCAGAGCCCCAGGAGAGGUUAGUAGCCCGUCGGUCUGAGCUUCAUGAAAGCUGUGUGGAAAAUGUGGAUGAAGAGCAACUGAAGCUCAAGGCCAAUCGUCCCACCUCUGACGCGCGAUGGCAAGCCAGGAAGCCCAGGAAACAGAGCCACCCGACUCGAAGCGCUGACCUCUGUGACCCCACCUUCAAGGGCGUGACCUUCCGCAUGCGCACGGAGCUCAGUGACAACAGAGACCAGUGCCGUCUGCUCAUAACCUCAAACUACAGUGCCGAGCUGCUGAAGAGCAUCAGGAGGGUGAGGGGUGGCAGGUCACGGUCCCUCGCGAGCUCCCUGAAGACGAGCAGCUCGGAGGAAGACAGCGACUCCUCCAGCCUCCCCAUGUUUCUUUCAGCACUUCUGCCUCUUUCAGAGAAUAAGAAGUGCGCCUCCUGCGAUACGAGGAAGACUCCUCUGUGGAGAGAUGCGGAGGACGGGACUCCGCUGUGUAAUGCCUGUGGAAUUAGGUAUAAGAAGUACCGGGUCAGGUGUUUCCAGUGUUGGCACAUCCCCAGGAAGGAGGGGAACACAGACUCAAAGUGCUUCCGGUGUGGGGACGCGCUGAGGCUGGUGACUUCUCAGCGCAAGCUCACUGGCUGGUGAAAAGGACCAGGCCAGCUCUGCGCCGGUGUGAUCUUCACCUUUAUUAUUUCAGUUUCUUGUUCUGGCGAGUGACCUUCAGCAUUGCAAGUGCUGGUCGGCUUGCGUGUUCCGUUGACUACCGCAGGAGUUGCACUUUAAAAAAAAAGAAAGGACUUGUGCGAUGGGGCAGUCUAAACAAUAUUUGUCCAGUUGGUUAUUAUGCUCAGAUACUGUUUUCCAUGUACGCAUUUUCCAUAUGCGUGGUGAGUUGUUUUGAGCUUCUAAUGCUAGGCCUCAGGCCGCCUAUGUAUAUCCUAUAUUGAUAUUAAUUUGUUAAGAAAGAUGUGUGUUUAGAUGUUAUUUCUUAUGUAGUUUGUUAUUGUGGUUCUUUUUUCUUUGUGCUUGGAGACAAACACAAGGGAUUAACUGCUGCACUAUUUGUUCUUUGCCUUUAUUGUUUUCAUUUGUAUGUCUUUGUUUUUUUGUUUUUUGCUGACUGCUGUACCCAGAGUUCUGCUGUUCUGGUCUGAAUUAAAUUCAACCUUGAAAAUCUUA